GAUUUAAAUCAAAAAUUUCAGAUUUGCAGAUAAAUGAAGCUCUUUCAACCCCAUGGACCAUGGAUGACUGAGAAUCUCCAUAGAACUUUGUGCUUUUAGGAUUUGCAGAUUGAAGGAGAUCUUGCAAAUUCUGUCCAGUCUGCUCACAGGGAUUCUUCCUUCUUUAGGGUCCUGUGUCCUUUGCGGAGGUGGCCAUCCAUUUUAGCAGUGAAGAGUGGUUGCUACUUGAUCCCAGCCAGAAAGCCCUGUAUCAAGAAGUCAUGUUGGAAAUGUCCAGGAUCAUGGCCUCUUUAUCCUCUAAGGCGCAGAAGAAGGAAAACGACCAAGAGCCAAAUUUGGUGCCAUUGCAAAUAAUCAAAACUGAAAUUCCUGUGGAGACAACUACAAAUAAUUGGGGAAGGAGGAAACCUGAAAAGAAGUACAAUCUGAGAAAAAAAUCUAUUCUUGAAUGUGUGGAAAUGGAUCGUUUCCUGACUGAAAGUGAUUCCAAGGAAAAUGCGGGGAAAUCUCAAAGUAGAAAAAGAUUCAAAGCAAAGCCCAAUGUUAGUAACCACUGCAAAACUGCAAAAAGCUGCAGCAUUAAUAAUGUUACUUCACAUAAAAUGAACCAGGCAAGGGAGAAGCCCUACAAGGAUGUGGACUGUGGAAAAAGCAUUGGGAGAAGAGGUAAUUUAACUCCUCAUAAAAAGAUCCCUAAAUAUGUGGAUUGUGGAAAAAGGUUCAGUAAUAAGUAUUCCCUUUCUUCCCAUAAAAGAAUACAUAGUGCAGAAAAACCCUUUAAAUGCAUAGAAUGUAAGAAGAGCUUCAGCAGUAGUAGUUACCUGAUAUGCCACAAAAGGACCCAUACAGGGGAAAAACCUUAUAAAUGUGUGGAUUGUGGGAAAAGUUUCAGUCUGAAGAAUUCCCUUACUUAUCAUAAAAGGGUACAUACAGGAGAAAAACCCUUUACAUGUGUAGAAUGUGGAAAGAGCUUCAAGUGUAGCAUUCACCUGAUGUGCCAUAGAAGGAUUCAUUCAGGGGAAAAACCUUAUAAAUGUGUGGAUUGUGGGAAAAGGUUCAGUAUGAAAUGUUCUCUUACAUCCCAUAAAAGGAUACAUACAGGAGAAAAACCCUAUAAAUGCAUGGAAUGUGGAAAGAGCUUCAGUGUAAAAAGUUCUCUUACUUCUCAUAAAAGGACACAUACUGGAGAAAAACCCUUUAAAUGCAUAGAAUGUGGAAAGAGCUUCAGCAGUAGUAGUUACCUGAUAUGCCACAAAAGGAUCCAUACAGGGAGAAAACCUUAUAAAUGUGUGGAUUGUGGACAAAGGUUCAGUGUGAAGGGUUCCCUUACUUCCCAUAAAAUGGUACAUACUAGAGAAAAACCCUUUAAAUGCAUAGAAUGUGGAAAGAGCUUCAGCAGUAGUAGUUACCUGAUAUGCCACAAAAGGAUCCAUACAGGGAGAAAACCUUAUAAAUGUGUGGAUUGUGGACAAAGGUUCAGUGUGAAGGGUUCCCUUACUUCCCAUAAAAUGGUACAUACUAGAGAAAAACCCUUUAAAUGCAUAGAAUGUGGGAAAAGCUUCAGAACUAGUAAUUACCUGAUGUGCCAUAGAAGGAUCCAUUCAGGGGAAAAACCUUAUGAAUGUGUGGAUUGUGGAAGAAGGUUCACUGCAAAGUGUUCCCUUACGUCCCAUAAAAAGGUACAUACAAAAGAAAAACCCUUUAAAUGCAUUGAGUGUGGGAAGAGUUUCAAGGGAAAGGGUGCUCUUAAUAUUCAUAAACUAAUCCACACAGGAGAAAAACCCUAUAAAUGCCUAGACUGUGGGAAGGGCUUCAGCCAAAACAGUACCCUUGCUUCUCAUAAACGGGUCCACACAGGAGAAAAACCCUAUACAUGCAUGGAGUGUGGAAAAAGCUUCAGUGUAAAGACUUCUCUUACUUCUCAUAAACGGAUCCACACAGGAGAAAAACCCUAUAAAUGCUUAGACUGUGGGAAGGUGUUCAGGCAAUACUCUGAACUUGCUUCCCAUAAACGGGUCCACACAGGAGAAAAACCCUAUAAAUGCAUGGUGUGUGGAAAGAGCUAUAAAAGCAGCAGUUACAUGAUUCUCCACAAACGAGUCCACACGGGAGAAAAACCCUAUACAUGCCUGGAGUGUGGAAAGAACUUUACUAGCAAGACUUCUCUUACUUCUCAUGAAAGAAUCCACAGAGGAGAGAAACCUUAUAAAUGCAUGGAGUGUGGGAAGAGCUUCAGCCGAAGCAGUCAACUUACUUUCCAUAAUAGGAUCCAUACAGGAGAAAAACCUUAUAAGUGCACAGAGUGUGGAAAAAUCUUCACUGCCAGUAGGUCUCUGACUUCCCAUAAAAGGACCCACACAGGAGAAAAACCCUAUAAAUGCCUAGAAUGUGGAAAGAACUUCAGAUUUUACAAUAACCUUGCUCUCCAUAAGAGGAUCCAUACUCGAGAGAAAUAGAAAUGCACGGAGUGCAGGAUGAGUUUUUUUGAAAAGAGAAUGCAUCUCAAGAGAGAAUCCACAGUGGCCAGAAAAUAUCUUGCAGACAGCAAUUAACUUAUUUCCCUUACAGAUAAACAGAAAAAUAAAUUAACAAAGAAGAUGGACCUUCAGGUAAUCAAAAAAGUUAAAUAUUUGGGAGUAUAUUAAGGAAUUAAGGAACAAUUAUAAAAGAUUAAUACAACAAAAAAUGGAUUUGGAGAACUGAAAAACCUUGCAACUGUCAAUGAGAGGAAUAGCAACCAUAAAAAUGAAUAUCCUGCUAAAGGUACUUUUUUUGUUCCAAACGAUCCCUAUAAAGUUAGAGAGAAAAUACUUUGAUGAGCUAAAUACAAUAAUCUUGAAAUAUAUUAGAAGAAAAAGAAAAAUGAGCAAGAAAGACUGAAAAUGCGGCAAGAAUCUAAAAACUAUCGGGGCUUUGUGUUGCUGGAUUGCAAACUUUAUUACCAGGCUUCCGUACUAACUUGGGUGAAAGAAUGGAUAAAUCUAAGAAGACUACUACUGUUGGAGGGACAUGAUCUUCAAUUGGGAUGGCAUUCCUUUUUCUGGUAUGAAAAGAAUAACAUACAUAGAUAUUUUCAAAGACACGAUGUAAGGAAGACUCUAUUCUUAGUAUGGGAAAAAUGUAAAGCAAAAAACUACACAAAAAUAUCAGCUUGGUAUAGAUAGUUAAAAUGGCAACUAUCUAUAAGGAAAACAUGUAUAAAAUGUUUUACAGGUGCCAUUUGACAUCAGAAAGGGUACAAGGAAAUUUAAAAACGUGUGCCAAAUGUUGAAAUAUAAUCUGAUACUGGGUUCUUAUUACCAUAUGUGGUGGAUAUGCCCAAAGGGGAAAAAAUGCACACAUAGUUAGAGAAAAUGUUAAAGCAACAUAAAGAUUUAAAGCCAGAAAUAUUUUCUUAGGUAUAACAGAAAGUAAUAGAUUGUGCAGAUGGAUAACAUUAAAGAUAAAGGACAAAGAAGACACAGGAUUUGUUUUAUCAAUGGUUAGGCAAUACAGGUAGUAAUUGGAAUUUGUAAGAUUAUUUCUAGGUAUAAAUGAAUAAUUUUAUUACUAUUAUUAUGUACAAGUAAAUUGACCCAGACA